UUUCCACUGGCGACGGCGACGCUGUGCAUUUUUUUCGCCUCGGGAAAGUUGAGCUCCCUCGCUCUCUUUCUCUCCUCGCUAAUCUUUAAACAAUUUCGACCGAGUUUAAAUAUCACUGUGUUCAUUUGAUGUCGUUAAAAAAAUAAAAAGCUCGUUAUCGUGUUUGAGAUCAUUUAAAGCGACCCUCGCUUGGCUGAGCUACUCGGCUAACGACGGUGGUCUCUUGCAAUGCCUCGGACUCAGACUGCUGAUCCUGUUCUCUCACAGGUUGAAGAUGUGCAGCCGCAGACUUGUUCAAGCGGAGAAACGUCAAACUCUGAAGCGCAAGGAAACCCCUCAGUCGAACAGGACGAACUUCUCGACGAGGAGUUUGGAUCCGACGAGUCCGGAUACUGCUUCAAGGAGGAGAAUCUAGAGCUGAACAGCGACGAUCAGGGUAACGACUUCGACAGACUGAAUAUCAUCUGCAUCAAAGAGGAAGAUCCUGAAGAUGACGACUACCUCUACUGCGAGGAUUGCAAAUGCUUUUUUGUGAACAAGUGCGAGGUUCACGGUCCUGCUCUUUUCAUUCCUGACAUUCCUGUUCCAAUGGGCAUCGCUGACCGUGCCAGACGAACCCUUCCUCUUGGUUUAGAGAUUCGGAAGUCUGAUGUUCCUGAUGCAGGUCUGGGAGUGUUUAAUAAGGGAGAGACUGUUCCGGUCGGAGCACACUUCGGUCCCUACCAGGGAGAUCCGGUAGACAGAGAGGAAGCAAUGAACAGCGGUUAUUCUUGGGUGAUAUACAAGGACAGGCAGCGUGAGGAAUACGUUGAUGCUACGAAUGAGUUACAUGCUAAUUGGAUGAGGUAUGUGAAUUGUGCAUGUACUGAGGAAGAUCAGAACCUUAUGGCAUUUCAGUAUCAAGGAGGGAUUUUCUAUCGUUGUUGUCAACCCAUCAAACCAGGACAGGAGCUUCUAGUGGGCUACCAAGAGGAAUACAUCAAAGAUCUCAGUCCUGCAUUCGAAUAUCUCUGGAACAAAAAGUGUUCCGCAAAUGAAAUGAAUGGCAUCCUGUUGCAAGCCUUCUCCUGCUCCUUGUGUGCACUUUCCUAUACAUCUUUAUUUCACUUCCACAAACAUAUCAAGAGAUGCCACUAUGAGGAGUAUUUGAGACUGAUGAAUUCAGGAGAGAUUACCUAUGAAAAAUUUAAUCUGAUGACUACCAACAGCUCCAGUAGUCAACAAACUGGAACUGACUCCUCCAGUUCUUUGUGCAUUACAGCCUCUAACAGUGAAAUGCAAAUAAAAACUCACCACUGCUCAGACUGUGGUGAGAGUUUUAUUCAAAAGAGUGAUCUUGAACUUCACAAGCACAUUCACACGGGAAAGAAGAUAAAGUCAUAUCAGUGCUCACAUUGUGGGAGGAGUUUUACACAAGUGAGUCAUCUCCGAGCACACAAGCGCAUUCACACAGGAGAGAGGCCAUAUCGCUGCUCAGAGUGUGGAAAGAGUUUUAUUCAAAGGAGUAAUCUCCGAACACACCUGCGCAUUCACACAGGAGAGAAGCCAUAUCGCUGCUCAGAGUGUGGGAGGGGUUUUACUCACCAGAGUAAUCUUAACACACACCAGCGUAUUCACACAGGAGAGAGACCGUUUCACUGUUUGUUGUGUGGAAAAACCUUUGCACAGCAGAGUGCUCUCCGGCUACACCAGCGUGUUCACACAGGAGAGAAGCCGUAUCGCUGCUCAGAGUGUGGAAAGAGGUUUGUUCAACUGGCAGGUUUGCAGAAACACCAAUCUAUUCACAAAAGAGAGAGGCCAUAUCACUGCUUACAGUGUGGGAUUAGUUUUACUCAUCGCACUCAUCUCCAAGAACACGAGCGCAUUCACAUAGGUGAGAGGCCGUAUCACUGCGCACAAUGUGGGAAGAGUUUUUCCCAUCAGCGUAAUUUGCAUCAACACGAACUCAUUCACACGAAAGAGAAGCUGUAUCACUGCACGCAGUGUGGCAAGAGCUUUUCUUUCCAGCAUAGAUUGCAACGACACCUUCGUAUUCACACAGGAGAGAGGCCAUAUCAGUGCUUACAGUGUGGGAAGAGUUUUUCUUCCCAGCAUAAAUUGCAAGUACACCAGCGUGUUCACACCGGAGAGAAGCCAUAUUCCUGUUCACAGUGUGGGAAGAAUUUUACUAGUGCCAGUAGUCUCAAAAUACACCAGCGCAUUCACACAGGAGAGAAGCCGUAUCAUUGCUCACAGUGCGGGAAGAGUUUUACUUGCCGGACUAAUCUCCGGCAACACCAGCGCAUUCACACCGGGGAGAAACCCUAUGACUGCUCAAAAUGUGGGAAGAGUUUUACUUGCAAGUCUAAUCUCCGACAACACCAGCGUGUUCACACAAAAGAGAGAAGCCGUACAUUGAAGACACAAGAGCAAGAAACCCGUGGCGACAUGGCAGAGGUGAAUGGCAUCCUGUCACACCCCUUCUCCUGCUCCUUGUGUGCACUUUCCUAUACAGCUUUAUUUCACUUCCACAAACACAUCAAGAGAUGCCACUAUGAUGAAUAUGGGAGACUGAUGAAUUCAGGGGCAUUUGCAUAUGGGAUAUUAAAUCUGAUGCCUACCAACAGUUCCAGUAGUCAUCAAAUUGGAGAGGACUCCUCUAGUACAUUGUGCGUUACAGCCUCUAACAGUAAAAUGCAGAUUGAAACUUACCACUGCUCAGAAUGUGGAGAGAGUUUUAUUCAUCAAAGUGAUCUUAAACUACACCAGCUCAUUCACACAGGAAAGAAGAUAAAGUUGUAUCAGUGCUCAUACUGUGGGAAGAGUUUUACUCAAGCAAGUUAUCUGAGACGACACCAGCGUAUGCACACGGGAGAGCGGCCGUAUCAUUGCUCACACUGUGGAAAGAGUUUUGCUCAACAGGGUAAUUUCCGAACCCACCUACGCAUUCACACAGGAGAGAAGCCAUAUCAGUGCUCACAGUGUGGUAGGGGAUUUACCCGACAAAAUGCUCUCCAGCUCCACCAGCGCAUUCACACUGGAGAGAGACCGUAUCAGUGCACAGAGUGUGGAAAAACUUUCAUUCAAAAGAUUAAUCUCCAAAUACACCAGCGCAUCCAUACUGGAGAGAAGCCAUAUCACUGCUCAGAGUGUGGAAGGGGUUUCACUCACCCAACGUCUCUCCAGGACCACCAGCGCAUUCACACAGGGGAAAAGCCAUAUCAAUGUUCACAGUGUGGGAAGAGGUUUUCACAACAGAGUACUCUCCACAUACACCAGCACGUUCACACACGAGAUAAGCCGUAUAAAUGCACACAAUGUAAGAAGAGUUUCACUCACCAGAGUCUUCUCCAACAACAUCUGAGCUUUCACACAGGGGAGAAGCUCUAUCAUUGCUCCCAAUGUGGCAAGAGUUUUGCUUACCAGCGUACGUUCCGACGACACCAGCGCGUUCACACAGGACAGAAGCCGUAUUGCUGCUCACAGUGUGGGAAGAGCUUUACUGAAAUGGGAAAUUUCCAAAAACACCAGCGCAUUCACACUGGAGAAAAGCCGUACCAAUGCUCAGAGUGUGGAAAGAGGUUUGCUCAGCUGGGAGGCUUCCAAAGACAUCAACGCAUUCACACAGGAGAGAAGCCAUAUCGGUGCUCAGAAUGUGGAAUGAGUUUUGCUUAUCAAAGUACCCUGCAACGACACCAGAGCGUUCACACCGGAGAGAAGCUGUAUUCCUGUUCGCAGUGUGGGAAGAGUUUUAAUUAUCUAGAAGGUUUCCAAAUUCAUCAGCGCAUUCACACAGGAGAGAAGCCUUACCAAUGCACACAGUGUGGGAAGAGUUUUACUUGCAAGUCUAAUCUCCGUCAACACCAGCGCAUUCAUACAGGAGAGAAACCCUAUCAAUGCUCACAGUGUGGGAAGAGUUUUACUUGCAGGUCUAACCUCCGACAACACCAGCGCAUUCACACAAAAGAGGAAAGCGUGACACAAAAUGCAAGAACUUAGUACAGAGAAAGAGCAUCCUUUCAGAUGACCUUGCUUCAUCAUCAGGUAGCAUGGUACUGUACCAUGUAGUGUUGGUACCUCAGCUCCAGGGUCAGAGAAAUGAAGAGUUUGAUGUGUUCUCUCUCUGUCCUCCAUCCCCCUAGACAUGCCAGUAGAUACUCUAAAUUGCCAUAGAUGUGAAUAUGUAAGAGCGUGUGAUGCCUUGUGUUGGAUUGGUGUCACAUUUAUGGUGUAUUUCUCAUCUUGGUCCAUGUGUUAUUGGAAUAGGCCACUGUUCUGGAUAAAGCUGUUAAUGAAGAAUGAGAUGAAAUGAAAAUGUUUUGCAUGUUAUGUAGCAAAUGUUAUCGUAUUCUUGUUGAACGCAUGAACUGAAUAGUAUAUUGCAUUCAUGUUUUAUUUGUUUUGAAACUAAAAUAAUGGCUUAAAUUGUGUGCUGUAAAAAAAAAAAAUCUAUACAGAACAUUUUAACAGCAAAUCAUGUUUCAUGAAAUGGUAGUUCUACUUUUAAAUCAUCCUGUUUUUUGUCCCUUUAUUUUAAUACUAACAUGAACAGCAUUAUAUAUAAUGUAUAUUAUUUAAAUAAAAAAAGGCACCAGAAUCUAGAGUCAACCUUAACUUGGAACUUAAUACACAACAUUAUUUCUUUUUUUUAUUCACUAAAAUUGUAUUUGUACAGUGCUGUCAGCAGUAGACACUGGCCUUGGAAAUAGAAGCCCUGGGAUGCAGCAGUUUUUAGUAGGUAAGUUUCCAUGAGGUCCAGGUACAAUUUUCCACAGCAACAGGAGGUUAGCCAUGAAUAUAAAUAG